AUGGAAUGGGAGUGGAACUAUGUUGUUUGGUCUAUAAUCAUCAUAGUACCAACAACUCUAAUCAUAGUAUUUUUCAAAAGAAAUUCUUCUUCUUACAAGUUACCACCAGGACCACCUGGUUUCCCAAUUUUUGGCAACAUGUUUGAUCUUGGAACAUUACCAUAUCAAACAAUUGCAGAAUUUAAACAAAAAUAUGGCCCUGUUGUAUGGUUCAAAAUUGGCUCUGUCAAGACCAUGUCAAUUUUAUCAGCCAACACAGCUACAGAGUUUUUCAAGAACCAUGAUUUCGCCUUCGCGGAGCGCAAAAUCAUUGACACCAUGUUGGUUCAUGACUACAACCUAGGGUCAUUAGCUAUAGCCCGGUAUGGCACAUAUUGGCGCGUGCUAAGAAGGAUAUGCACCGUUGAAAUGUUCGUGCACAAACGGAUCAAUGAAACAGUGGAUAUCAGGAGGAAAUGUGUUGAUGACAUGAUUCAUUGGAUUGAGAAAGAAGUGAAUUCAGUGGAAGUCAAGGGAAGUGGGAUUGAGGUAACGCGAUUUGUGUUCCUCUCAACGUUUAAUAUGCUAGGGAAUUUGAUGUUUUCGCGUGAUUUAGUCAAUCCAGGAUCAAAGAAAGCUUCCGAGUUCUUCAAUGCCAUGAUGAGGAUCAUGAUUUUGUCAGGCACUCCAAAUAUCUCAGACAUUUUUCCACGUCUUAGGAGGUUCGAUUUACAAGGUUUGAAGAAGAAGAUGCAUCGCGAAAUGGGAAUAGCUCUUGACAUUGCCUCUACGUUUGUCAAGGAACAGAUGAAGGAGCGCGAAGAUGGUGAAGAAAAGAAGAAAGAUUUUUUAGAUGUGUUGCUUGAAUUUGAGGGUAGUGGGAAAGAUGAACCAGCUAAGUUAUCAGAACAUCAGAUCACCAUAUUCAUAUUGGAGAUGUUUUUAGCCGGAUCAGAGACGACUAGCAGCAGUGUGGAAUGGACGUUGACAGAGCUCCUACGCCACCCUGAAGCAAUGGCAAGAGUAAAAGCAGAGAUCUUUCAAAUUGUAGGACAAAACAAGAAGUUUGAAGAAAGUGACAUUGACAAUCUGCCCUAUAUGCAAGCUGUGGUUAAAGAAGUGCUAAGAUUACAUCCUCCACUUCCUUUCUUAGUGCCAAGAAGAGCGAUGCACGACACUAACUUCAUGGGGUAUGACAUACCAGAAGACACUCAAGUGUUCGUGAACGUUUGGGCAAUUGGAAGAGAUCCUGAAUACUGGGACGACCCUUUGGAUUUCAAGCCCGAGAGGUUCCUUAACUCGAAGACUGACUUCAAAGGACAGUGUUACGAGUUCUUACCAUUUGGUGCUGGCAGGAGGAUGUGUGUAGGCCUUCCUUUAGGUAAUCGAAUGUUACACUUUGUUUUAGGCUCGUUGCUUCAUGAAUUCGAUUGGGAGCUUCCUAGUAAUGUCACUCCUAUAUCAAUGGACAUGAAAGAGAGGAUGGGAAUGACAGUGAGAAAAUUCAAUCCUUUGACAGCAGUACCAACAAAAACAUCUGGUUAA